AUGGACGGCAACGGGGCGUUGUUCGGAACAGUGCAGGGCAAUACGCGCGAAGUGCUGCACCGCUUCGCCGUAGAUCUGCCUAAAAAACACGGCAGAGGAGGGCAGUCUGCUCUUCGGUUUGCUCGUCUCCGCAUGGAGAAGCGGCAUAAUUAUGUACGAAAAGUUGCAGAGACAGCCGUGCAGAUGUUUAUUACACAGGACAAAGUGAAUGUGUGCGGAUUGGUGUUAGCGGGGUCUGCUGACUUUAAGAACGACCUGGCUUUAAGCGAUAUGUUUGACCAAAGACUGCAGGCAAAAAUACUUAAAAUUGUCGAUGUCUCCUACGGAGGAGACAACGGAUUCAAUCAGGCCAUUGAACUCGCUUCAGAAACGCUGCAGAACGUGAAGUUUAUUCAAGAGAAGCGUUUGAUAGGCAGAUUUUUUGAGGAGGUCGCGCAAGACACCGGGAAAUAUGUAUUUGGCAUUGCUGAGACACUGCAGGCUCUCGAGAUGGGCGCUGUCGAUAUUCUAAUCGUUUAUGAAGCCCUCGAUACACUCAGGAUAACACUGAAGAAUCAGACAACCGGAGAAGAAAAGGUAGUGCAUGCAUCGCCUGAAGAAGCAAGGAAGGACUCGUUCUUUAAAACUGAAGACAAAGAAGAGCUUGAAAACAUCGAACAGCAGCCGCUAACUGAGUGGAUCGUCAACAACUACAAAAACUUCGGGGCAAACCUUGAAUUCGUUACCAACAAAUCUCAAGAAGGCUCUCAGUUUGAAAAGGGUUUCGGAGGCCUGGGCGGCAUACUGCGAUAUAAAGUAGACUUCUGCGAUGAAGAGGAAGCAGUGCAGCAUGAUGGAGAUGAAGAAUUUAUUUAG